AUGAAUAGUAAUCAACAAAACAAUGAAAUAGAAAUAGAAAUAGAUAUAUCAAAGUUAAAAUUAAAACCACAGGAUUGGAGUUAUAAAGGGGAAGGUGCUUGUAAUAUAGUUGUUUAUUAUAAUCCACAACCAUCAUCUUCAUCUUCAUCAUCAUCAUCAUCAUCAUAUCACAAUUAUCUAAAAGGAAAAGUAUUAAGAUUAAAGAAAAAGGUGUCAUCAUUAUCACCUACAUCUACUUCUACAUCUCCUUCAACAGAUGAUAAAGAUUAUAGAUUUGUACAAAAUGUUAUGCAACCAUUGAUAGGAAGUAAAUAUGUAAAUAGUGGUGUUAGAGUAUCAAUAGACAAACAAUUUAUCAAUGAAUUGAAUGCUAUUAUAUUGGGUAGUCGUCCACAACAUCGUAUUCAUCAUCAAUUGGACGAUGAAAUGACAUCGGCCAUAUUGAUUAGAGAUAUAUCUCUUAUUCACACUGCUGACGCAUUACUACCUUCGAUAUGCGUAGAGAUCAAACCAAAGUGUGGUUUUAUAAGCACUUCAAAAUAUAUAUCAAAACAAAACAUAGAGUUGAAACAACAUGUUUGUCGAUAUUGUAUGCAUCAAUUGUUAAAGUUAAAGGAUGGUUCAGUCGAUAGAAUAAGUAAAUAUUGUCCAAUCGAUUUGUAUAGUUUGGAUAGAUCAAGACAAUUAAGAGCAUUGGAUUCUUUAAUUGAUUGUCCACAAAAUAACUUAAAAGUAUUUAAAGAUGGUGUUUUAUAUUUUACUGGUCAACUUGGUGGUGGUGGAACUGGAAAUGAAAAUGGAACGUCAACAUUGGAUAUCAAAUCAUUAGAUUCUUUAUUUAAUAAUAUAAAUAUAUUGGAAAAAGAAAAACAAUUAUUAAUUAAUUUGGCACAAGUUCAAAGAGAAUAUGAUCCAUAUGACAUUGAAACCAUUUAUUAUUUAUAUUGUAAAUUACAUAAUCAAGCCUAUCAAGAAGAUGAUGUGGAAAGAUUCAAGGAUCUUUCUCAUUUGACAAACAAGGAGAUGCAAGAUAUCAUUGAACGAUUUUUAAUUGCAACAACAGCAAAGGAUUGUUCGAUAAUGAUUACAUUUAAAUUACCUUUGGCAAAUCAAGAUAUUCAAAACAUUGACUAUAUAGUUGGUGUAUACAUAUAA